AUUACUACUAAUAUGAAGAUGACCAACAUGACUACCUUUGUAGGAAUGAAUAGCACCCAGCAAGCAUGGGGUCAUUUAACCACUCCAUGUGAACAACUUACUGACUUUACCACAAGAGAUUAUUUGAAUGACAUGCAUAUCGAAGAAUCUGCCGGAAACAGCAAAAUUGUCAAGGCAAUUCCUUGUAAUGUCUUCUAAGUAAUUUCCGAAGGAUGGAGUAAGGUUACUUGUCAACAGGCUUGCUCUACUGUAUUAGCUAUCGAACUAAUGGGCUAUAUGGUAGGAAGUGUCCCUUCAGUCUUCUAGAUCUCCAGUUUGGGAGAAUUUUUCCCAAUCUGUUCAAUUUCUGAGAGCUAAAGCUGUCGGUUCAAGACACCAAGUUCUGAAUGCCUUGAUAAGCUUCAGAUCCAAAAUGUAAUUACUUAUAACAUAAAAAUGAUAAAAUAUC